AUGAAAUCCAUCACCUUUCUGCCCGUCCUCCAACUCCGGAUCGUCGAAGAUCCCCUCGCCCCGCGAGAGGUCGCCCGCCGCGGUCAAAGCGCCGCGGCUCGUGGCAAUUACUCUCCUCAGUGGCACACAGAGGAGGAGGCAGCGCAGAAAACGCGCUGCCGCACGGGCAACCGCCACAACACAGAGCCAAAGCAGCCGACCUACAAGGCCACUGCAUAUCGGGAUGCAUGGCCCGCACAGCAGAGAUUCGACUGGGAACAAUGGGAGGAAUGGGAAGCAACAGAUCGCUCCUGGCAGUGGCCACAAGACAGGUCACAAAGCAGAUCGCAAAGCCCACGGACAACCAAGGGCUCCCAAAGCCCCCGAGGCCGCAAAGGCAAGGGUGCUGGAAAAGGGAAGGGAAAAAACAAAAAGGGCAAAGGUGGUGGCGAGCAGAAAGGGACAAGCGAUGUCAGCCAGUCUCCCUUCGCACCACUUGCACCUACCAUGCCUACCUGGCCUACCGGAGACAGCGCCUCCACGGGUGUAACGCCCUUUUCAGCCGCUGCCUCAGGUUCCAACAAUGCGGACAUACUUGCUCAGAAGAAGGAGUGUGUAACUGCUUUGAAACAGGCCUACCCCGAGGGCAACAACAUCCCUUCGGAUACAAAGGAAUUGAUCGACAAGAUCGAGAAAGAGAUAGAAAAACUCGAGAAGGAAAACAGCAAAUUGGUGACCAAAAACAUCCACUCAGCAACCAAGUCAUUGGGCAAGGCCCAAAAGACAUUGCAGGAGACCAUGGAUGCGAGAAAGUCACACCGUGCCAGAUGGAUCAAACACAUCACCGAAGCAGCAUCGACGUGGCAGGCACAACUGUUGGAGUAUCAAAAACAACAGGCAGCUUUUCAAGAAGUUGCAGUGAAGGCCAAGUCCGACAUCGAAGCUGCCAGAACAGCUAUUCAAGCUCUGUCGUCGACUGCAUCUCAAGCUCAGUUGGCAGCCAUGCCACCAAUCACACCGAUCUCGGUGGAACAGGAGGAAGGUGGUGGAGAAGCCGACUCCGAGGAGGUGAAUCUACAGGGUCAAUUGCAGACUAUUCUACAGAAUUGCGCAGCCGCCCUGAAUGUCGAGCAGUUGCCAGAAGCCCAGGAGGCAGAGGAUCUCACCAUGGAAGAGGACGAACGGGACAAAAAAAGGCCCCGUUCUAUGCAACCAUUUGGUGGGUCUGGAACUGGUGGUGGAGCAGUCAAGGACUGA